AUGGCUUCCUCUCUUUCUACAUUAUGCUCUGUUACUGAUUUUACUAGAAAAGCUUCCAUUGAUGAUAUACUUGCUGAAAUUAAUGCUGAUAAUUCUUCAAUACUCUCUUCGUUGAUGAAGGAAUUGUCCAAAGAAGUAGUAGUGGUUGAAGAAGCAUCUACAUCAGAUUUAAUGCUAAAAGAAGUUAGGAGUGAUGAUGAAGGUUAUGAAAUGUAUAAUGAAUAUGCAUUUAGGAAGGGUUUUAGUAUUCAUAUGGGAUUAAUUAGGACUAGUCAUAGAACUGGUUUGUGGAUUAUGCGUAGAUUUGUUUGUUCGAAUGCUGGUUUUAAAGAUGUUAAGAAGGAAACAUCGAGGAAUUUUUUUAUUACCAAGGAUGGUGUUUGGAUUGUGGUGAGGCAUAACAUGAUUCACAAUCAUCUUAUGAUUCCAGCUGAUAAGAGAUACUUACUUAGGUCUCAAAGAGACAUUACAGAGGAGCAACUGAAGUAUUUUAGUGCAAUGAAAGCCAGUGGUUGCAGAGUGUUUGAUCUACUUCGUGCAAUGAGAAAGAGGUACUUUUCUCAAAGACAAGCUUCUGAAAGUGAUUUUUAUUACGAUUUUGAGUUAGAUGAACAUGGAUCUUUAAUUAGUUUCUUUUGGAGGGAUGGUGGGAUGAAAAGGGAUUAUGAAUAUUUUGGUGAUUUAUUGGUGUUUGAUACAACAUACCGGACAAAUCGGUAUGAUAUCAUUUGUGCACCUUUUGUUGGAAUGAAUCAUCAUUCCAACAAUGUUGUUUUUGGUUUGGGUUCAUGGUUAAUGAGUGUAUUCCUUCCUUUAUUUGGUUGUUUGAGUCUUUUUUGCGAUCAAUGGGUGGCGGAAUACCCCAAACUAUAA